UGCCCCAACAAGAUAAUCCACGGGCUAUUCCCACUAUACAAAAUUCAAAUUUCGAAACAGAUUAAAACGGUCACCCCCUUCUUUGGAAUCAAUCAUAACGCACACAAACAUUUAAAUCUUCAGCUUCCACUUUCCAUUUUUGCUUUAACCAUAAUCACUUCCCUUUCAUCUCUUCUCUUUCCCCACACUUCAACUUCCAUCACUAUUUUCAUACUCAUCACCAAUGGCAGAUCCAGAUUCUUACGCUAACUCUGAUGAUCACGAUGUUUCUUGGCAAAUUAGCAGUACCCAAAUGCUAACUGACCCAGUUGCAAACAAUGCUAUUGAUGGUCGAUCAAUGUUAGGGUUUUCUCUAACAUCUCCUGAUCUUGUUAUUUGUGCUGGUUCACCUGAGAUGAUGCCUAUGAAUGACUGUGGCGAUUCGCCCGAAUUCCUCACUAAAACCAAAUCCAACAACUAUUUUGAGCUCUCUUUAGAGAAUGGUGUAGUGGGUACUGAUGAUAAUGCCAAAUCGGUGAAGUUUUCGCCAAUUUGUCAAACGUUUAGCAAAGAAUUAUCUCCUGAAUCUUCCUUGGAGCUUGUUCCACAGAAGGAAGAUGAUAAUUUUAUGAAACAUCUUUUACCGGGCUUAAGUAUCAAUGUAGGAUCGACUUGCGAAGGUGUUCGUGCAAAUGGUGUUGAGUUUUUGGAGGAUACUUAUUUGGCUGGAGGUGAAACUGUGAAGACUAAUGCUACAAUUGGAGAUGGAGAUCAAAAUGGCGUUUCGCUGUAUCAAACAGCUCGUAUUGGUAACUUAUCCUACUGCAUUCGGGCUUUGGAGCCAGGGAAUUAUGUUGUUACCUUGUAUUUUGCUGAAAUUGUGUUCGUUGAUGGCCCUUCCGGAAUGAGAGUCUUUGAUGUCUUUUUACAAGAGAAGAAGGUUGUUUCUUGCCUAGACAUAUUUGCUCAGGUGGGUGCAAAUAUGCCUCUAGUUAUUUCUGAACUUAAGACUUGUAUUGAUGGAGAGGAUCAGGGCUUAACCAUCAGGUUUGAAGGAGUAACUGGAAGCCCAAUUUUAUGUGGCAUUUCUAUUACCAAAGAUUUUUCUGUUGAUGCUGAAGAAAAGGAAAAAAUGGCGAAACCAAUGGGAAAAUCUGAAGUGGCUGAAUGCAGCCCACCAAAACAACUUAAUGGAGAUCAAGAGAUAGAUGGAGAUUAUCAGAAGCUAGUAAGACAAGUUGAGAUUCAGGAACGGGAGCUUUUGGAGAUGAGGAGAGCAUUGGAGGAGCUUAAGGGGGAAAACCAACUUAAAAGUAAGGAAUGCCAGGAUGCUUGUAAUUCCUUACAACAACUCCAGAAUGAGCUUAUGCGCAAAUCUAUGCAUGUUGGGUCCUUGGCAUUUGCCGUUGAAGGACAAGUUAAAGAGAAGAGCAAGUGGUUCUCAUCUUUGAGGGACAUCAUCAGAAAAUUGAAGAUUAUGAAGAUGGAGCACAUGAAGCUAUCAGAGGAGGCACAAGCAUAUAAGAAAUGCCUCACAGACAUGGAGGAAAUGAGGUUCACUAUUCAGUCUACAAUGAAGCAGCAAGUAGAUUUGCACGAGGAUCUGAAGAUGAAAUUCAUUGAAGGGGCCAAGGAAAGAAAGGAGCUGUACAAUAAGGUUUUAGAGUUGAAAGGAAACAUAAAGGUGUUUUGCAGAUGUAGGCCUUUAAAUGCUGAAGAAGUUGCUUCUGGAGAUUCUAUGGCUAUUGAAUUUGAAUCUGCAAAAGAUGGUGAGCUCACCGUAAUAUCAAAUGGAAUUCCCAGAAAAACUUAUAAGUUUGAUGCUGCUUUUAGUCCUCAAGCAGACCAAGCUGAUGUUUUUGAAGACACUGCACCAUUUGCAACCUCAGUUUUGGAUGGGUACAAUGUAUGCAUAUUUGCUUAUGGACAAACCGGAACUGGGAAAACUUUUACCAUGGAGGGCACAGAGGAAACUCGUGGAGUAAACUUUAGGACUCUUGAGGAGAUAUUUCGGAUAAUCAAUGACCGUAGUAAGCUUUUUCGGUAUGAUAUCUCUGUGAGUGUUCUAGAAGUUUAUAAUGAGCAAAUUCGAGAUUUGCUGGGCUCUGGCUCUCAGUCAGGAGUAGCUGCAAAGAGGCUUGAAAUAAGGCAGGUGGGUGAAGGGUUCCAUCACGUCCUAGGGUUGGUUGAAGCACAAGUAAACAGCCUACGCGAGGCCUGGGAAGUUCUACAAACUGGAAGUAAUGCAAGGGCGGUUGGCUCAACCAAUGCCAAUGAGCACAGCAGCCGAUCCCAUUGCAUACACUGUGUGAUGGUGAAAGGAGAAAAUCUAUUGAGUGGAGAAUGUACAAAGAGCAAGUUAUGGCUGGUUGAUCUAGCAGGAAGUGAGCGAGUGGCAAAGACGGAAGUGCAAGGAGAUAGACUUAAGGAAACGCAAAAUAUAAACCGAUCUUUAUCUGCACUUGGUGAUGUCAUAUCUGCUCUUGCAACGAAAAGCUCCCACGUCCCAUUCAGGAAUUCCAAGCUCACCCACCUGCUUCAGGAUUCCCUUGGAGGAGAUUCGAAGACGCUCAUGUUUGUCCAGAUAAGUCCGAAUGAGAAUGAUCUGGGAGAGACUUUAUGCUCACUGAACUUUGCAAGCAGGGUUAGAGGAAUUGAGUUGGGUCCUGCAAAAAGGCAAUUGGAUAACACUGAACUCUUGAGAUACAAACAGAUGGCUGAAAAAUCAAAGACAGACUUGAAGAGCAAAGACAUGCAGAUCAAGAAGAUGGAAGAUACAAUUCAAAGCUUGGACUUGAAGAUAAAAGAAAAAGACUUUAGGAAUAGGAAUAUGCAAGAAAAGUUGAAGGAGCUGGAGUCGCAACUACUCAUUGAAAGGAAGCUAGCACGUCAGCAUGUGGACUCAAAGAUAGCUGAGCAACAACAAAUGAAACAACAGCAAGAUGAGCAAAGUAGGGCUCCACUAAGACCACCCCUUUCAAACCGACUAUUAGGAACUGAAAAUACAACCACCAAAGAGCAACCACUUGCAGAGAACAACAGCUAUAAACCUACAUUUGGCCUUCUUCCCGCGUAUGCCCCGGUUAAAUAUAUUGAUCCCACCGAGAAAGAGAACAACCCCGGGAUGCCUGAACAAGCACGACUUCUUCCGAAGAGGACUGGCAGAGCCUCAAUCUGCACAAUGGCACAACGGGUACCAGUAGCUCCAGCACCAAGGCGCACAUCGAUGAUUCCACUUCGGACUGCACCUCUCCAAAUUCCAUUAGUACCAUUUCGGUUACAUCAUGUUGAUUUAAAGGACGAUAGAGAAGAGUCAGAGAUUAAUUCUUUGCCGGAGCAAAACCAUUGCAGCAGUCCUAAAGGUGUAAACUACGGCACGAAAAAGUUAAGCAGCAUACUGAGACGAAGCAUUCAUAAGAAAAUGCAGCUGAAAUCACCAAUGCAGCAACACCUGCGAAAAGGAGGUAUAAAUGUCGGGAUGGAGAAGGUAAGAGUCUCGAUCGGAAGUCGAGGGAGGAUGGCGAGUAGGGUAUUGCUUGGAAAUGGCAGAAGAACAGGAACAAAAGCUACACCGCAGACAAAGAUACAAAGGGAAAAAGAGAGAGGAUGGAAUAUUGGAAGAACUGCAAAUGUGAAAAGUGUUUAGCAACUUGCAAUCCUACAGGUCUUCGGAUGAUGAAUUUGUUUGUGUACAGUCUUGAAACAAUUGAAUCUCCACUGCUAACUACUCCUAUUUGACCUGUGUUUAUUGUCUAAAACAUAGAUUUGAGUUGCUAUAGAUUUUUUUUUUCCAUUAACUUUGUAACUAUGACUAUAGUUUUGAUUUUAUCAUGUAUCAAAAAUUCUAAAAUCUAUGAUGUCAUACCAUUGCUCA